CACAAGGCGACCGACACCAAGUUUGGCGCCGAGGUUGCGAAGACGGUUGCGAAGAACCGGCAGAAGAUGACCAGUUACGCAUCCAGCUUCGCGACGAAGGGCGGCACGGCGGCGGUCGGGGCCUUCGUGAGUGGGACCACCCCGUUUUCCAUGAUGACCCCGUUCCAGUGGGUCGGGGGGUUGGUUAUGAACCCCGCCGCCGCGGCCGGUGCACUUUCGAAUCCCGCCGUCUGGGUCGCGGUUGCCGCCGGCAUUGCCCUGUUCGCGACCAUACGCCCCGGACUGGCGGCCAUUGGAAAGCUCUACGGCUCCAUGACGGCGGACCGGGAUGGCCGAUUUAUGAUCCAGCUGGACCGGUUCAAGUCCGCUUUGGUGGACUCGGUGCUGCGGGCGCCCAUGUGCUCCAGCGAGAUGGUGGACCGCCAGCGCCGCCUGUACGAGGCCAAAAGCCUGCUUGACGGGGGCAACACGGUGGGUUACCGCGAUUGCUACCUGCAGGAGUUCUGCCCCACCGACCGUACGGGCGAGAGCGUCAAGUACGACCUCAUCUACACACUCUUUCGCCCGGGGAGCCAGCGCAAGGAAGAAAACAUGUACGAGCUGGGUAUCACCUGCAGCUGAAUGUUACGACCGCGUUUUUUCACACUCUCAGCAACCAAGUAGAAUGAGAAUCGUGCUACAAGUAAGUACUUAAGUUCGUGGUACAACUUGAUUCUUGCAAACAAAACUUAAACUACAAUGUAGGAUAUGCAUAGCUUCGAAGAGGUUUACAUUUUACGAUACAGUGUCACGAGUGUGGAGGUGAGAUCCCCCUCAUGCGCCGGGUCUCUCGUAGUCGUAUCAUUUACAUCUGCUGAAGAAGUUGUAUCUUUCCUAUCGGAAUGAUCCUCUGCCGGAAUCAUACACUGUUAGUGAUUCUCUAAAGCGUCAGACAUCUUUUUGGUUUAUCCUUGCGAGAGCAGGAACAACUACAACCGAUCUCCUGUAGUUGAGGGUGCUGAAGAAAACAGACGUCUGAUUUUGUUCUGAUACUCUUGUACGACGUUCAGACGGUGUUGGACAACCCGACAAGCUUCUACGAAAAAUUUCUGGGAAUGAGUUUCAAGCUCGGGAAUCUCUGGGAAGUGGAGACCGUCUGUAUUACAAUGAAAAAUGCCCCCACCCCCACAGUCGCAAAAAUUUGUGAUGCGAAGUUUCCAAAUGAAAUUGAAAACUUUCUGUCAUGCAUGAAACAAGUAUGAAUCUUUCUGAUGCAGAGUCUAGGCGUGCAUCGCAUCGCUUGCAUGACAAGCGCCACUCUUGCUGGGGUCUUUUGCAAUGCAGAUUUUUGCUGCUAAGGAUUGGAAACCUGUGAUGCUGAUAGAUGCACGAGGACGAAUGUUUCAAUUGGAAAGGUUUGCAAUACAAAUGCUCCCAAGUUCGGGGGUGGGGGCAUUUUUCACUUUGAUAGUCUGCCAGGAUCAGGAGCUGGACGAGUGCCCGGCUGCGGACGUGCUCGUGGACGACAGUCUGCACAUGAUCGGAGAGUCAGAGAUGCUCGAGGAGAUUUACCUGGCGCCCUUGAUCAUCAACCCCAGGUAAACAUGUAAUUCUUGCAUCCAUUUUUGCAGAGUAUCAAGCGGAUUUCUAUUUCAAGACAUGUUGUAAAAGCAUAGUCCGCCGGCGAAUUAUAUAUGCCAGCAUGGUUCUGAUAGCUCUCACUCUCUGGCUCUCCGCGACGGCUUACUAGGUGGAAGGUGCAUCUGUGUACCUGUAGUUGCUAUUCUGGAAGAAAUAUAAUAUCACAGAUCAACCCGAGAAGUCUCGUCAACAUAGAUCAAGGAAUUUAUUGGCGUACUACUGAUAGAACAAGUGAGUGACGUUGAAAAUCAUCAGAAUCCGUCGGUUUGUGGAGACCAGCCCGGCGUUGCAGGAGUUUGAAGAGAAUCUGAUUGACGAAGCGCAACAGCAGUUUUCGGUGGGGACGGAGACCGCGAUUGAGGACUGCGAGCGGUGCCAGCAGACCUGGGGACACCGUUCCUGGGGUUCGGGGCGACCGCGCGCGAAGGAUGGCGGCAUGUUCAACGGCGCGGGCACGGACCUCAACACGCGGGCCGGGUUCAAGCAGAUCUCGGCGCCCGCAAAGAUGGCGCGCAUGCAGGACAUGAUGAUGUCGGGUAUGUACAUUCCGAACCAAGACGGCGGCUACGAGUGCGAGUUCACCGGCGUCCCGUUGGUCCACACGCCCCCCCAGCCCAUCCGCAACUCUGCGGGGUGCAAGGCCGCCGCAAAGGAGAAUGGCCACGAGUUUAAGGGCUUGGUCCGCUACCCCAACCCUGCGCAGGGCGGCCAGGACACUGCGCUCAUGACCCGGUGCGCCUGGAGCCUGGAGCACGAGUUCGGGUUCGAAAAGCCGCUCGCGAAGUACAUCAUGGAUAAGAUCAAAACCAUCAUCUACACCGUGAUGGAGACGACCGGAUCCGGCAUGACCGAGCGGGAGGCCACGGAGAAGGCCGCCGCAAAGGCCAAGCAGGAGGCGAUGAAAGCCAAAAUGGAGGCGAUGAAGGGCGGCGGAAAGGGGACAAACGGGCCGCCCGGCGGCAAGGCCGACGCGGCGGGAGCCGCGGCUCCGGCGAAAGCGGGGGGAGGUGGGAAAGCCACUGCGGCCGCAUUUGUGCAACUGAGCGAGGAGGUUCUUGCAGGCGGUCGUGGUGGAACUGGAAAUCCUGCUGAUGGUACUACAACGAGUGAUGGACGGAAAAGAAGCAAAGCGAGUAGCAGUGUCCUGCAGAUAUCUGAGUUGGGUCUCGAUGACCACUCGGCGGACGGCGAGGUGGAACAGAGCAGCGGCGCGCGCGAUUCAUCUACUUCCAUGUUAGAAAGAGAAGGAAAAUUUAGGCGCGGAAAGCAAGUGCAGAAGAAAAACAAGGGAAAGGUAUCUGUCAUGAUUCGGCAGCUGAUGCAGAUCGCGCAGCGAAAGUUUGGGUGGGCAGCGCUCGAAUCCUCCUGGCAGCGGGGCUCUUUGCUGCAGCUGCUUCAGCGCACGGGUACGACAGGGAGGACGAUGUUAGGAGGGUCACGAGGAGAUCCCGGAGCAGCCGAUGCGGCCGAAAAGCCGCAAUGCCCGGCGGAAGCGCGCACGAAAUUCCCAGAUUUCCGGACGGUGUGGGGCGACACCCUGCAGCAGAUUUUGCGAGAGCUUAAAGACCCCAGUCCAGAUCCAAACGCGGCCGACGCAGAGACACACACCAAGGCUGUGGAACAGAUUCAGAAGUUGAACGCAGCCCGGGACAAGAUGGUGAAAAAGCUCGAGUUUGCGACGGAGAGUGCCUUUUCCGAUUACGGUGGUAAAUUCCUCCACGCCGGGAACCACAAGGACGAGGAAGCCAGUAAGAACGAAAGAUCAGCGUUUUCGCAAGCACUGAUAAAGGAUCACCAGCUGCCGCCAAAAGCCGCCGCGCGCCUCGCUAUCUUGUAUCCACCUGCGGUGUCGUGGAUGGUCGUAAAGCUACAGCUGUUCUACUCGCUGUCGUGACAGAAUCUCUACUGCGGGCACGACCACACUAUACUUUACACACCAAUUGUGUGAAACAGAAAAUGUGCAUGUUGUGAAUUAGUACGAAGAUGAGAAGCACGAAACAAUGGUCACAUAGAGGCACUGCUCCGCUCAGUAUUUAUGUCGCUUGAGUGCUGGCCUCCUUUCGCUUUCGGUGCCGGCACCCAUGCUCCUGUAGUAAAGUUGGUUUUGCUCAUUUUUUAUUUUUUGUCGAACAGCAGUAGCUGUAGCAGAGAUCUUCACGGCACUUCUAACCCUUCCGUUUCAUACCUUCGGGGAGAACAUGCUGAAUGCGUGCCGCUCAAGAUGUACCACCAAGGAGGAAGACGAGCAGGUCGCGCGCUCCAAGGCCGAGGGAGCCCGCAAAGCAUGGGAUGAGAAAAAAGAAGGAAUGUUGAAUCCAGUCACCGGGGAUAUUUCUCACGCGAUUGAUGCCGGGGUCACUAUGUUGACGGAGUCCAAAACUGUCGUGAAUGCUGGUCCCGUCGACCCGGUAGUCGUCAGCACCGAGACUUUCACUGGUGGCGUGAAACCGCUGGUACAAUCCCCAUUCAGCAGUCCGGGCAAUCUGCAGGCCUGGCUGCACUACCGCGAACGGAUGCUCGGCGAAGUCGGGCUGAUGGUGGUCGCCAAAAGUAAAAGCUUUAGAGAAAACCUCAUGCAAUCAGCCUUCGGCGACAAGGAGAUGUCUGAGUCAUUUUCAUCUUCUGCGUCCUCCUUCAUUGAGGAGGGACAAGGGCGAGAGUGGCUUUUCCACGAGAACACGGACAAAAUUAUCAUCAAAGAAAAGCCCAGCUCGUUUGUGGAGCGCUUUUUUCCCACGUGGAUGGGCGGCACCGGCAUGGGCUCGUCGGGUGAGACGGACGAGCAGUCCGCUACCACAGUCGCGCCCAGCACGACUGCCCCCGCCGCCGGAGGUGGAACAUCAACUGCUGAAACGAAAACUAAGUCGUCGUCCCCUGCUGUGAAAGACGACGGCGCGUUGACGUCGGAGGAGCUGGACAAGGAGCACCAGGAGGCCGGGCGGACGGGGUGCAUGGAGUACCUCGGGAGUAACAACAAGGACGGAACCGGGCUUCCGGGCGCCGGCUACUACUUCGCGCAGACCUUUUCCCUCCGCAAGAAUCUACGGAACUACCUGACAGAACUGUCUAACAACGCGGUCGCCGGCCACAGCCUGACGUACCGGCCCCUGGACGGGCCCGCAAAGGAGAUGAAGCAGUACGAUCCGGACUCGAUGCAGUUCAUCACGAUUUGCCGCGGCAUCCUCGGCGCCAUGAGUCCGGAGGCGGCGGAGUUUUCCUGCACCAUGAGCGACGACAUGGCGUACGAGCAGAUCCAAGCCUCCCGGGCCCUGCAGGAGGACAGCCACGACCAACUGUGGCGGGAGAUGGACUGCCGCAAGCACUGGGUCCGGUUUGACGCCGCCAGCAACAAGCAGGUCGUCGACAAGUUGACCGCCCGGCUCAAGGAGGAUGGGUGCCUGGAUCGCGUCUACAACGACACGAUCAACUCGCUGUUCCACUUGGAGGCGAAAAAGCUGAAAGAGGAGGGCAAAACGGCGCUGCGGGUGCAGAUGGUGCGGCAGGGCGGGCUGCGGGCCGGAGCCGACUCCAACCCGGCGGGGCAGGCCGUCGUGCGCGGCAUCGAGCAGAUUCACCUGGCGAACAUGAACUGCAAGAAGCGCGGAAAAAAAUACUUCUCCGUCUUCCCCACAGAUCCGACCAACGUAAUGCAGUCCGCGCAAGAAAACGCCAUGGGCAGUAGUGCCUUGCAAAGCGGCGAAACUCACAUAACAGCAUCAUCUUCGCCACAAUUGGUGCACUCCUCAAGAAGAAUGAAGAACAUGCAGCGGGGAGAUGUUGGGAAAGACACUAGCAGUAGCAGUGUACUGCAAACAGCGCAAGACAAAAGCGGGAUGAACAACGCGGCCACGUCAACACGCAAACACAGACGCGGAGAUGGAGGUCCCAGCGGCGACAAGAAUGGGAAUAAAGAACCCGGCGCCACUGAAGAGAACAAGAAAGAGCUCAGUCGCUCCGGAUUGUGGCCUUACCACGUUAUCGCUGUCAUCGAAAGCGCGUUGCACGUUCGCCCUAGCAUCCUUUACGACCGAGACAUCACGCCCCCAAGUCCGACCUCCAAGGAAGCUUUUGUGACUGGCAUAGAGAAUUACGCGGGAGAGAUGAACAAUGCCUCGGAAUGGCUCAGCUCCGGCAUGUUUAACAACACCAACAGCCAAAACCGGCACAUCAGUGAGUGGCUGGCAGACAAGCACAUGUUUGACGUACUGGGCGGGAAGCCGGGACUCUUCCACAAGCGGGUGCAAGGAGCCUAUCCUAGAAAAUAAACGCCCACUCAGAAAAUUUGCAAAUAAUGCUUGCUUUAGGUAAGUGUAGUCGAACGAUUCGUACUAGCGUAGCCAGAAUCGGGCUUUAGUGCCGUUUUUAGGACACUCACUUUGCGGCUGCUCUCUCUCGGAUUUUUUGAUGUUUUGAUCUGAAAAGCUUUUGCAUGGAUAGCGGCGACUACCACCAGCACGGCCGCGUGUACACCACUUGGAUCAACAACAUCAACGCGCUGGCCUUGCGGAAAGACGAGAUUGCCGAGGCUGUUCAUGGAGACCCAGGUAAGGCAAGAGAACUUUGACGUCUCUACUUGAUGUUUAUGUUCAUCAUCCUGGACAAUUGCAGUCCGCAAGUUCGUUUUGGCGCCUCCAAUUUGGGAAGGCCAAGCAAUAUAUGCCUCCGAUGGUCAAAUCCAAUCGUCUGUGAGGCAAGGCAAGUUUCCACGGGCAUAGGAUUUUGAAAAUCUCCACCACCAGGUGCUAACAUUGCCUUUAUGCAGCUGCCCACGCCGAAGUGCUACAGCGGCAACUUCAUGGCUCUGGGUGGUAACAUGAUGGCAAAUGCCAAGACCGCAGGCACGAUUGGAGACCUGAUUACCAAUACGCUGGACGACGUGGAUCGGGUUUACAAUGAAUUCACCGAAUCUAGAAUGACGGAGGAGGAAAAAAACAACCGUACGGCGGACGAGAAAACGUCGACAUGGCGCUAUUUGACUAUGAGAGUGCACAAGAAACCCUCCCCUUCUCCCUCAUUUGUCAUGCAAAAUACGAAGUCGUGCCAGAGCCAGCGUCUUUUUUUUUGCAUUGCCUCCUGGUCGUGGCACUGUAGUUGUUUUCGCCACAUGUAGUUCUGGACGCCGAAAUAAUAGCAUCUCCCUGUGACCAACUACUACUUAGCUGCAUCUUUCUUGUACGUGCGGCUUUUGCAGCAGUUUCUGUCGAUCAUGCCCAUCAAAAGAUGGGGCGGAGGGGGCCCCAACUUCGUUGUGCGCUGUGAUAUUCACGAAGGGCAGGCGGCUGCGAGAUGUGAAGGUGCGGAUCGGGCAGGUCAAGCAAGAAUUCGAGCGGACGAAGGGCGACCACCUGACCAAGUGGCUCGACUCGACCUACGAGGAGCGGCGCGUGAACAUCAUCCAGCGCGUCUGGAUGCACUCGCUCACGUUUCCGGAGCGCAACGGGCAUUUGGUGUACGUGGGGCGUUGGAAGGAAAAGAACGGGCUCUACGACAACGAGAUCCUGAUCGCCGAGCUGCUCGCCCUGGCCUACCAGCGGCUGGACGCGCUGGACCACCCCUACACUUGGUCGCCGCUGUUCGCCUUCGUCUGCGUGUACGUGGACCCCAAAAGCCUCAAUGUGGACCUGCAGAUGCUGAACAUGUACAGCAGCAAGGGCGUGGAAGACCGCCGCCUGCAGGAGGAAAUCCAGCAGUUCUACACCAUCGAUCAACAAUAUGAAAGCGGUGCACAACUAGAAGUCCCCCGUCCCCCUCGUAAUAUGCCAAAUCCAGCACCUAGCUGUGAUGUCCUUUUCAUCUCCUUUUUAUUGCACUGUGUGCACGAGGGCAUAUGAUUAUGAACGCGAAAGCCGAAACAGUACUACUUACAGCCGGAGCACCACUAGCUUGUCAUCAAGAUGCGCACCAGCGGCCUUCAGGUGAAGUCAGCUGGUGCUCGUGUUUUUAUUGAUGUUCUUCAUGCGCUUCAACUGGAACUGACGGGGAGGGGGAUUAUUGUGCUCUUUGAUAAGCAGCUGGAGCGGGUCGAGCAAGAGAUCGAGGGUGCGGUGAUGCGACUAUCGGCCGUGAAGAAGAUCGAGAACGAUAUGGCGCUCUCAACUGUUACAUUCUCAAGUGUUACAUGAGUUUGUGAUGCAAGAAUGGCAAAAGUCAAAGCAGGGAGGUUGCACCUGUAGCAUUAGCACUACAACUACACGGCGCGAAGCGACGACGGCAGCAUACUAAAUUUUCGAGUAAGCAGUUUCUACUUCUGCGAGAGCUCCGGCAUGGAGGAGGCGACGGUCUGUGGCACAGUGUUCCAGCAAGACCGACAGAGCAAAAUAUGGGCCGCCGUUGACCCCAUGGCCUAAGGGCGAAGAGGAAAAAGAGGAGGAAAUCGAGGAGCGAUCCUCAGGCAAAUAGAUAGCAAAACACUGCGCAUCUAAAAGAGUUCCAUGAAAAAACGAGCACGAAUAUACUUAGAUUAAUCAGAAGCUCAGUCAGUCAGUACAAAUUCCACGCAGAUUUAGUUGCUGUUUAGCCUUUCAAGAAUUUGUCAUGCGAAGUAGCUUCACCUUGUGGAUGUUGAUGCUCAUUUUGCAUGGCAAAUCAUGUAACAGUUGAGAAUGUAACGUUUGAGAGUCUCAUAAACGAGUUGGCCACGUUCAAGGCGCGCAUCGCGGAACGCAUGCAGAUGGAGUACCAGGUCAUCUACCUAUCCUGUGCAAAAGUACGUAUCGUACUCACGUAGUACAACUCGUGCUGAUUAGUACAAUCAUGCAUGAUGUUGUUGACAAAUGCAAAUCAGCAGCACGCCACUGACUUUUGAAAAAAUGUUAAGAUUCAGACUUUGUAUAUGCAAUUGGUACCUCUAGGAGGGUCGUCGUACGUUACUUUUGCGAUGCAUACUACCGAGAGCGGGACGACGCGCUGCAGCAGCUGCAGGAGAUGGGCGGUGCCAGCCCCACGGAAAUCGAGCGGGUGUCCAAGGAGUGGGAAAACAAGCGGCAGGACCAGGAGCGGGCGGCGGCGAAGGAGAUCGCGGACUUCGAGAAGAAGCAGAAGCAGGACCUGCAGAUGCUGAAGGACGAGAAGGAGGGCAGCUAUGCUGUGCAAAAGUAUCGUACUCGUACUAAUUGCAAUUGCAAAUAUCAAUAUGCAUGACAAAUCUUCCUCCAAAGGUAAAACAGCAUUACAACUUCCACUUUUUUUCUUGCGAAAAUUUGUAAAUACAAUUUAUACUAGUACGUUACUUUUGCAAUGCAUAGCAGCACGCAGUGGUGGAUCUUUCCGCAGCCCUCGGAUCCCGGGACGCAGGGGGACCCGCCCUGCUACCAGACGGACCGCACGGUGCUCGAGGGCCCGAAGACCGGGGGGUGCAAAAGCAAGCCGUGGUUCGGGCCCCUGGCGAAGGGGUACGCGGCGGAGGCCUUCCAGGCGUUCAAGUCCUCCCCACCGAUGACCAUGUACCCCACUGUGUUCCUGAAAGAAGCGAUUGGCGGUUCGCAACUGAAAAUGCUCGGCGGAGACCCCAUGUCGCCCCUGACGAGUGACCGGGGGAAGAAGCGGCUCUACCUGUUCACAGACUACGACGAGCUGACUGGCCGCCUGCGCGACGACGGCUGGCUACCCGACGACGCGACACUUACUGACGGCGCGGAUGUGAACCCUAUUCUGAACAACGCAUGAUAAGCACAACGAGCUCCUGCGGGAGUUUUUGUAUUUGACGCCGCCGGAGGGGCGGAGGACGACGAAACGCGAAGACGAAAUCAAAUUUCCAUCUAAGACACUACAAUCAUAAAUACGUGCUACCAAAACUACCAAAUAGAGCUACCACUUUGAUAUAGAAAAAUUCACAAAAAUAUACUGGAAAGCGCAUUUGCUUCAAUGAAUUCAAUUUGUAUACGACUUUGUGAUGUAACGUUGCGCACAAGAGCAAUGGAUAUGGAUUUUGAUUUAGAUUUUGCUACAGAGGAAAAACAGAUACCAAAAGAACGAACGACAGCGACGCUCGGUUGUCUACCACUUCGAAAUGUCGAUCGGACGAAAAAUUCCUCGAAGGUUAAAAUGACCUGUAACUAUGGUGUAGUUUUUCGCAUCUGGAUUUCUCUCGAACGUCAAUCUCAUCCAGUAGAAAGAAUCGAAAAAUGCACAGCUCUGGAAACUAGAUGUUGCCGUAAUUCAUCUCGCAUGUGAUUUCUUGCAAACCCAAAAAAUGUAUCUGCAACCAAGUUGGAAAAGUGACGCAGGACUGUAUGCUGGUGAACGCUAAACGAAUGCCGGUUCUGGUGUUGUAAAGUAAAACAGCUAGAGAGAAAAAAUGAAAUGCAGUCCAUGAUACCUGCUAAGUCCAUGCCCUCACAACUGGAACGUCCUUGUAGCUUUAGCGCAAAGUCCCUUUUCAUGUUCGAACUACUAGCACCUUUUCUGCAAAAAGCAGAGACUGUAUCACUGCAGCACGCAGGUGGAUUGACGGAAGACG